UCCUGCAGGAAAGGGGAAGGGGAAGCAUUUCCGCACCCCCCCUCCCUUCCUAAAGAAACAUGACUUUUCUGAUGAUGACAAGGGACAAUGAUCCCAAAUACUUUCUGCAGGUGGAAAACGGGCCGGGAAAUGUUUUCGUGACCCAGCUAGGAGAACACAGAGUAACGCUGUGUCCCGUAUCAGGCUUGACCCAAGAGUGGAGCUCCGACUGGGCCCAGGCACAAGAAAGCUGCCUCAGCAGCAACGUUGUGAGCCAUGAUGCAGCCAAGGAGAGGGGCGGCAAUAUUGCCACCAACUCUCCUCUCUCUGCCCCCGGAGUGGAGCUGCAGUUGGCAAUGUUGAGCAUCAGUGACAUUUUGCAGCAUCGCAGAAAAGCACUGCAAAAAUUUCGGCUUCGGAAGAAAGAAAUUGAAAAUGAGCAGGCUUCUGCAGAACUGACUGCAAAGAAGCAAGAGUUCAAAGAGAGGAUGGAAGCGCUGGCCCAACGAAGAGAGGCGCUUGAACAAAAAGAUCAGGAUAGGAAGAACCGGAUUCUUGAAUUUGACGCAUAUAUUCAAGAGUGUCGUCAGAAGAAGGAGCGUGUCAUUCAGCUGUUCCACGAGGAACACAGGCUGAAAGCCCUAAAGAAGCGUGAGGUAUUCAAACUGAAAAAAGAGCUUAAGAAACUCCAAGUUAGAAAAAAGAAACUACAGAAGAAGAUGGCAAAAUACAAAAGCUUACAAGAUUUCCUGAAGGAAGUUACCGCCACAAUCCGACCAGACUUUCUUGGAUAUCCGGAAGACUCUGUGGUUGAAGCCCUCAUCAAAAGGCACAAGACACUGUUUGAGGAAAACCAGAGCUUGAGGAAGAAUUUGUCCACUCAGCAGUGUCACAUUGAGGAAACCCAAAAAGAAUUAGAGAGCUUGCGAGAGGAACACAACAUCACGACAUUUAUGCUACUCGGCAAAAUUUCUGAACUUCAGUCAAAGAAAAGUUCGCUACAAGAAAAAAAGAUACACUUGUGUCACUACAUUGACAAUGAGGAAUGUCUCAUCGAUCAACAGAGGCAAGAUCUAAGCAGGAUGCUGUUAGCAGUUAACAACAUGGCAGAGCUAUGCUACAUGCCUCAUUAUGGCCCUUUGGACGACAUGACGUUGCUGUCCAAGCUGGACAUGAUCCAGGAGUCCAUUAUGAGGAAAAAACAGAUUGUAGAGGAAACAAAAGCAUUGCAGUCUGAUGAACUUACAAGAUUUACUGGAGGAGUGGAAGCCAAUCUCUGA